AGCUUGACUGGCUGCUUAGCAACGCGCGCUUGUCUGACUGAUAAUCACAGAUUAAUGAUGUUAAACACCGCUUUAAACUCGUUUGGUGCUCAGGUUGUGUUGGCGACAUCCAGCGAUGAAAAUAAUCCUCCGGAAAACAUCAUAGAUGGAAACACUGAGACGUUCUGGCUGUCGACAGGAAUGUUUCCUCAAGAGUUCAUCAUCCGAUUCCCAGAUAACAUGAAAAUAUCGGUGAUAUCCGUCCACAGUUUUAAUGUAAAACGUUUAAGAAUUGAGAAAAGCACACAAGAAGAGGCUGAGAAAUUUGAACUAAUGGCAGAGAAAGAGUUUGAACAAACAGAGGGAAGUCUACAAACAAAUGAAAUAUCACUUGAUGGCUCAAACGCGACACAUUUGCGGUUUCUCCUCCUCUCUGGAUAUGAUCAUUUUGUCUCGAUGCACACAGUGGGGAUACAGGCAUAAGACUGACUUGAAUGAGUUGCCAAGACUUGUAAAGUAGCCUUAUAUCAUGUACAGCAAUCAUUAUUAAAAAUCUCAUUGCAUUUUGUACUAAACCAAACCCUCAUAAAUGUGUCAAAUAAUCUGACCAUAACGGAAUCUGAACAUGUGUGCGCUUGCAUCCCCAGAUGGGUUGAAUACAGAGAGAGAAUUUCACUGUGCUCUAAUGUACAGGUCACGAAUAAAGACU